CCGGCCCCUCGGAGCAGCGCUGCGGGGGUACAUGCUCAUGCUGCGGGUCUUCACGGAGAUCCAGCAUCAACUCCGCUGAGAGAGAAAAAAAACAUUUCACAGCAGAUGUACAGUACGAUGGACGAGGAAGUCCAGGCAGCAGGGCUUCUCCACCCUUUCGGCGAGGAUCUGUAAUUUACACGACAGCAGCAGGGCGCCCGUCGAAUCCCCAUCGGACUCUGCGCUGGAUCUCCCACAGCGCCGCCGCCUCUGCCCCUGCUCCAUCACCAGACGCCCAACGCCUCGGCGAGAGAAGAAGCUCCGAUCCCCGGGCCAUGUGCGGAGCGACAUGCGUGCGUGAAUUCAUGCGGUAACAGCGCAGGGGAAUGGAGCAGUUGCCAUCAAAUUCCUGAAGACGCACCGACGGUGAUCGAGGGGAGGCUCGUCGUGUGGCGAGGAGAAGGCAUUCAUACGCAGCAGCAGCCAAUCAAGAGACGUUGUUUUUUUUUGUUUUUUAUUGCCAGCGAGAAAAUCCGCUGUCAGGUGUCGCCCUUCAUGUCGUCCACAGCAAUGGGGGAGCAGCCCAUCUACAGCACGCGGGCCCACGUCUUCCAGAUUGACCCCAACACCAAGAAGAACUGGCUGCCCACCAGCAAGCAUGCCGUCACCGUCUCCUACUUCUAUGACAGCACGCGCAAUGUCUACCGCAUCAUCAGCCUGGAUGGCACCAAGGCAAUAAUCAACAGCACCAUCAGUCCCAACAUGACGUUCACAAAGACCUCGCAGAAGUUUGGCCAGUGGGCGGACAGUCGAGCGAACACGGUCUACGGCCUGGGAUUCUCCACUGAGCAUCAUCUUGCCAAGUUUGCAGAGAAGUUUGCAGAGUAUAAAGAAGCAGCACGACUCGCUAAAGAGAAGAGUCAAGAAAAGAUGGACAUGGCCACGUCUCCUUCUCAGGAGUCUCCCGCAGGUGAGCUCUCGUCACCUUUGACACCGGUGACUCCGCCCAUGGAAAAUAUCAACGGCACAGAUGACAUCUGCGACACGACUCCCAACUCAGAAACCCGUCCAGAGCCGUCGCAGAACGCACUGGCCUUCGCACACAGCCCCGCCAUGACAAAACAUUGGGAGGCUGAGCUGGAGGCACUAAAGGGGAACAAUGCCAAGCUAACGGCGGCUCUGCUGGAGUCCACAGCCAACGUCAAACAGUGGAAACAACAACUGGCUGCCUACCAGGAGGAGGCCGAGAGACUACACAAACGGGUGACGGAGCUCGAGUGCCAGAGCAUCCAAACCCCAGUGAUUAAAUCCCAGAAGACUGAACUCAACCAAACCAUAGAGGAACUGGAGAAUACGUUAAGGGAUAAAGAAGAGGAAAUGGAAAAGUUGAAAGAAGAAUUGGAAAACAUGAAUGACCUGAUGGAACAGAAAGACACGCUCACACAGAAACUUGAGGAGACCGAGCUGCGCAGUCGAGUGCUGGAAGAGCAGCUGGCGGGUGCAGAGCAGCGACUAGAGGAGAACCAAGAGGAACAGGAGAAUUUCAGGAAGAGCCUGCGGACGAUGCUGGAGAUGCUGGACGGCAAGAUCUUUGAGCUGACAGAGCUCAGAGACACCUUGGCUCGGCUCAUAGAGGAGGCCAGCUAGAGAUGGAGCUGCCCUUAUCGUCACAGACAGAGCCAUAUGAUAAUUUACACCUUGACAACUCCCCCAACUCAACUACAUCAAUCCCACCCACCAUGAUCCACCUUCCUCCUACACCCGGCACACAUUAACACUGAGACACUGCACUGCCCCGAUUGUAAUUUUGCUCAAAAAGGGCAGCUAAUUCCCUUAUUUUUACCUUGAAGGAAUCAAGCUCCAACCAACCGCAGGCACUCCUGUAAUUCAAGACAGUACAGGGACUACCUCAUCUCGCCUUCUGAUUGGCUGGUGUAGGCGUAACCUUGGUUGAAUUGACCCAGUCACAGAGAUGCCUGCCUUGGCACCCACACACACACACACACACACACACACACUCACCAAGAGUGAACAUGAGAAAUGUGCCUCAGUGCCAUCUGCUGUUUGACUGGGAGAGCCGCACCACAGAAUGCAGCAUCACAACGUCUCUCUCUUUCUCUCUAUCUCAAACACACACACACACACACACACACAUAUAUAUAUAUAUAUAUAUAUAUACACACACACACACACACACACACACCCUUUUCUUCAUCUCUAAACUGCCCCCCACAAGGGGAAUUGUUGAAAGUCAUGUGGAAAUAAUUGCCGUUAAGACUCUGCGAGAACUGCGCCAAAGCUGCCAAAUCCUCCCAAAAUGUUGUCCUCUAACUAGCAGAUGCUUUGAUCCAAAGUGACUUACUGUACAGAGACGAGAGUGCUGAACAGAGAGUCCCACGUUUGAGCUCGGGCUGCCAGCGGAAGCGGAGAAUUCAAGGACGGCUCUGUGUGCCAGCCUGGACACACAAGGCUUCCAGGAAAAUGGAGCUUGGUUUACUUCUCAAGUGAAAAUGACAGACUGCUAUGUGUCCACAGCUUAUUUCAAAAUCCUACAUGAUAGACGAGUGUUGAAUCUUCCAUAGGCAUUGUUCAUGCCACACAGAAAUUUUAAAGGGGCGCGUGCCCUGCUUAGAUUUGACGUGAGAUUUCCUGUAUCCAGACUGCUUCCACCGUCUCAGACAAGUGACCUGUCUUCCUGCCAAGCUCAGUGUGGUGUGUGUUUCUGAACAAGGCCUCACCUUUGACAUAACGUGUGCCUUUAACGCACACAUAAGUGGACACGUGUUUGUAUAUAAUAUGUGUGUGUGUGUGUGUGUGUGUGUGCGUGUGUUUUGAGUAGUGAGAGAAAGACCCUGUUUUUGGACAUCAAGGCACACACCCACACACACACACAUACGCGCACACACACACACACACACACUGAGCAAUACCAGACAGGCUCUAUAUGACACCUCUAGCUAACUCUAUCAGGUACUCUACUCAGUGGACUCGUGCAGAUAGGUCAGAUGCAGCUCAGUUGAUCCCCCACGUCCGACAGAAAGUGUACAACUGUUGACCGCGAACCUGUGUGGCAGCCCUGUCUAAUCGAAGUAGUGCAUCGUGAAGGGCUCAUAGAGUGUCAUCUACAUGUUCGUAGAGCUCCACCUUCAGUGAAGCAGGCCACAGAUUUUCACUCCUCACAGGUGAAUACAGAACUUUACUCGGUUUCUAUUCUUUCUUUUUUUUUUUUUUUUUACAUAGAAUAUAAUGCUGAUGAUAUAAUUAAAGAACUAUAUAGGACAACUUUCUACUCAUGAUGACAUUGUAAAUGAAUGGAUGAAUAACUCAAAUGCAGUAACACCCUGCAGUGGCUUAUUGUUGUGUAUUAACCAAUGGAAAAGUAUCACAUAGUAUGGUAGAUUAUCUAGAGUAUCUAGUCUGUAGGUAAACAAUGAAACCCUCUUCGAUAUCUGUUUAAAAUGCACAACAACACAAUGUAAAAACAGUGUUAAAUGUGUUGCACAAAAAUAUCCACUUAUACUGCAACAGUAAAAUCCAAAACUGUGUCUUAAAAACUUCUUCCUUUAAAAUCACUAAAUUCUAAAAUGCACUCUAUAAUUACACUGUUGUGACUCCAUUAUAUACCCAGAGAUUUGCAUUAAGUCCUAGCACAGCAUAAUUCUGUAUUUAGAAUACUAGUGUAGUUAGUUACACAGGUUAAUACACUGGAAUAAGACCCAUGUAAAGGGAAAUGUUACCUAGUUUUGUUUCUUUUCUUCCUGGUUUAACUUUGACAGUCAAAUGACGGAGGUGAUAAUACCUUAAUAUUAAUGCUGUUGUUAAUGAAUGCCUUUGUACAGUAGUGGAUAAGAAGCUUUUCAUUCUCCUGUUUUGUAACUUAUGGUAUUUAAAUGUAGGUAUAAUUAUAAUUAUUGUAUUUAGAGGUAUGAGAAGACUGGCAAUAUUUUUGACUAUUUAAAGUAAUUUUGAACUCAUGAUAUUAAAGAGGUACCUCAGGCUAAAGAUGUGUGUGGAUUGGUGAGACUUGUGUGUUUGCAGGUGAAAGGAUUUAACCGAAAUCGCUGGUGGACGCCGGUCAGGCUAAAGCCUUUGUUGGAUGCAAACAAAGACGGCCCCACCGGCCUGACAACAGACCUCUGUGGAAUAUGAAAUGCUAUGUUUUUAUAUUUAAAUACAGUGACAGCAGAA